CCUCAGUCGCUUGGUUUUUACGUUUUUAAGAUUUAAAAUGACUAUUUUUCGAAAAGCAACUCUGGUUUGGUAUAUUAUCAUUCUUUCGGAUAUGUCGUCAGAAGCAAAAAGGCGGAACAGAUCAAGAAACGAUGAUCAUAUUGCUGAAGAAGCAGAUCUCAAAAGUCGAAGUUAUUAUGAACCGAGUCAUCCGACCCUUGAUCCUCAUACAACAUCUAUGACGCAGCAAGUUGAAAAAUUGUUCAGAAGUCAUGCAUAUGAGAUGAGCGUCAGUCCUUCAAGAAACGAUGAGCCUGUGCGCGUUGGAGUUGCCAUACUAAUUGAAAGUAUAUCAGACAUUUCAGAAGUGAAUAUGGAUUUAACAUUCACAUUACGGAUAUGGAAGUCAUGGACUGAUGAAAGACUGAAGAUGACAGGAGAGCAUGAGAGUAUUGUUUUACCUAGUAGAUUAAUUGACAAACUUUGGGUACCAGAUUUAUUCAUUGUUGGAUCUAAGAAAUCAUUUAUUCAUCGCACUACAGUUGAUAAUAUUAUGCUGAGGCUUUACAAGAAUGGAACAAUUAGUUACAAAGCUAAAAUAACCACAACUGUGGCAUGUCAAAUGAAUUUGUACAACUUUCCUCUUGAUAUAGAAAACUGCACUUUAGCUAUACAAAGCCUCGCGUACACAACGGAUGAAUUGGAAUUAGAAUGGCGAAUGGGAGAGAAAAUGGAACAUCUUUUCAUGGAUCCCAAAUUAGUUAGCAACAUGCCAAAGUUUAAACUUGUUCAUCAUAUUCUUCAUACAAAUACUGUACGUUGUAAACAGGGUGGAGGCGAGGUAUCUGAACUGCGUGUCAGCUUUGAAUUACAAAGAUAUCUUCUAUCUGUAUUUUUUCAAUCCUAUUUCCCAGCUAUUAUUAUGGUGAUACUUGCAGGAUUAGGAAUGUGGCUAGAUCCUAGAUCAGUGCCUGCCAGAGUUGCGAUGGGAAUUACAUCAGUUCUCACCAUUUCCACAAUAAUUACUGGAUUAAAGUCUUCACUGCCAAAGGUUUCUUAUCUAACAGCCAUGGACCUAUAUCUAUGGGCUUGCUUUUUAUUUGUAUUUGCAACCGUACUGGAAUACUGUGUUUUAAAUUAUGUCAUGACGAUACAAGUUAAAAAAAUAAGAAGAGGUUUAAAAAAUGAAGAAAUGAUUUUGAAAAAUGGACUGAAUCAUCAUAACAACACCUAUCAAAGAUUUACGAAACAAACAAGCAAUGAUUCAGUACAAAGACAUAGAAAUUCAAGGACUGAGAAGGAUAAAGCUGAAGAAUGUUCUGAAAUAUUUUCUCAAAAUUUUUCAUCAAGGCAGCCUCACACUCAGUAUUCCAAUUCAAUUGGACCUUAUGAAGAAUCCCAAAAGGAUACUACUCCUAAAGCUGAAGCUGUGAAAAUAUUCAAUUGUUCUACAAAAUCAACAAAACGUAAAUCUUCAAGAUUACAAACUCACUCUAUAUUCAACGACGCCAACGAUGCAACAAAACUAGACGUUUUCUUCAGAAUAUUCUAUUUUCUUUCUUUUAUAAUUUUUAACAUUGCGUAUUGGUUUUAUUAUGUUAUAUCAACAGACCACAGAAAUAUGGAUGAAUAAUAUGACAGUAGUCUACUUUUUGUAAGUACCCAACACAGAAGGUCCAUGAUGCCUGAUAAAAAGUUCGGCGUAAUGGUUGCGUAAAAAGUUGUUGACAGAGCAACAAUAUAUACACGCUGAGAAAGAACACAACGAAAAACUUGUUCGUUUUGAAAUAUUUGCAAAAUUCUUAUUGUAGAAUAUAAGUCAAGUAACAACAAACUUUUGCAUGAAUGCUCUGCACAAAUAUAUGAAAGGCCUUGUUGAUCAGUAAACAUGAGAAUUGUUAUUUAUUAUUUUGUAAUAUAUAUCACGUCUAUUUUC